GUGACUGACACACUCAAUACGAACUGCCCUCCGUGGAUUCAAGAGUGGCGCAGGUUAGCCCGUCAUCUUAAAAUCCCGUUUAACGUGUAUCAAAAAUUUGAUGAGCGUGCAAUAGUGCAAACUAUUAGUCCAACAAAGCAAGUGUUGCAGUGGCUUUUGGAACGGUCUCGUAGCAUGACGUUGAUUAACUUUACCGAAUUACUAGAGAGGAUUGAAUGCAAGCAUGCUAUUCAAGUAAUUCUGGAGCAUAUCCCAGACACAGUCGGUAUGUAUAAUACUUAAUUGUUAACCAACUCGUUCUUGUUAAUUAUGUGAAGAAAGGAUGGAAAUUUUAAAACACCUUUUAACAAAGAAAAAACAAAAUUAGUCCCCGGCAUCAGACAACUUUACAAAAACUGAAACUUUUUUAUGUUUCUUGACUGCUGUCGAUUUGGAACUCAGUACCACUGAAUACAAGUUGGGUCUUUGCACUGCCCUUGACGCUUUAGACGCAUCCUUUUGUAACCUCAGCAGCACUGAAUGGCAACAAAAACGUCAAAAAGGCUUAUUGAUCAAAACAGCUGUUAAAGUCGUUUGGGGGGAUUUAAAUAGGGGCAACCAAAGAGUGUUUUCUGUAAAAUAACUGUUCGGAAUAGUAAAUAUUGCUUAGAAUUUUCUAUUACCUGAGGAGGGCUAAAAAGUUCUAGAUGAGCGUUCCAUUCAUGUACAAUUUUCAAAGCUUAUCUGAUAAAUUCGCUACGAUUUUCUGGAGUUUAAUUUUCACAUUUCACUUCCCAAGUUAGGCUAGUUUUCGUGCAAAAAGGAAAGGUAAAAUUUUCGGAUUCAAAAAUGUAUGGAGAGAGGAAUCAGAAAAUGUCCCACUUUCGUAAUACGUCAAAUUACUUCUAAAAUUUUCGGCAAAGUAAUAAUAAUAAUAAUACUCAAGUAAUUUCGAAAAGACUCAAGUUGUCGUAGGGUGACAGAACAGAUACAAAUUUUAUAGGGCUUCUUAGGAUGCAUUUCUGGAGAUCUAAAAGUACUCUGGAUGGCCUAAAAAGUGUUUUCAAAGUAUUUAGCAGGAAACCGCCAUUGGGUGCCGCUGUUUAAACAAUCACAAUAAUUAUUACAAUUUCAAUUUCUACAGCGCCAAAAUCCUUAUAGCUCUAAGGCGCUUUAUAUGCACAAGAAAUAAAAAUUACAAAAUAAACUUUCAAAUUUACAAGUAUUAAACAUCAAGUAUAAAAAAAGGGCAAUAAAAGUUUACUUGAAAAACAAAAUAACAAACAAACAUAAGUAGAUAUUUAUAACCACAAUGUUCUGUUAAAAAGAAAUGCUUCAACUUAUUCUUAAAGACAUCGACCAAACGGGAGUUUUUUAAUUCAAAGGGCACAGACUGAGAACGCACGAUCGCCAUAUGUCUUCAAAUUAGAGAAAGGUGUAACAAGUAGGUUUGAAAGUUGCGUGUCGGGGGGUAAAUAGUUAGUAGGGCCUGAUGUAAAGCUUUAUAGGUGAAACUGAAGCAGAAGUUUGAAGAUAAUACGUUCGUUAACCGGGAGCCAGGUGAAGUUCUCGUAAUAUUGGGGUGAUGUGGUCAUAUUUUCUCCCUUUCAUGAGUCGUGCAGCACAAUUUUGGACUCUUUGAAGUUUUGGAUAAGGUUUAAUGAAUUACAAUUAUCACUGAAGUCUACAGGUGACAAACGUAUGCACAAGUGUUUACUACAUUUUCGUCAGACAAAAAUCUUCGAAUAGGGCAAUUUGUCGAAUGUGAAAAAAUGACGUCUUGCAAAUGCCUGCUAUUUACUGAUUUCAAACCUAAACUUUUCAUCAAAGAUAUUUCGAGCUGCAUUCAAACUGUAGACAUCACAGCUGGCAUCACGAGAACCGAGUGUCAAGACUUCUAUCUCUGUUUUAGGUCGGUGUUGAGAUCCUAUAACAAUAAGUUCGGUCCUGCUUUUGUUCAUGCAGCUUCAGUUUGUCAAUAGUCAUUCAUUCAUCAAUGUCUUUCAUGCAAGAUUGAAUAAUUUGGACCGAUUACUUUUUGGCCUGAUUGGAGAGAGGAUGAUUCAAAAAACAGAAACAAUUGAGUGUCAUCUCCUUUAAUACAUGAUGAAAUUGAACUUUGUGUUACGACCACGUUGGUUACAGCUCUUACAUAAUCAACUGGUUACAGCUCCUAAAUAAUUAACCGCAAACUCAUAUUAUCACACUGAAAUAUCACCCAUUCACCAAUUGUACCAAUCGCUAUAACUAGUAUAGCAAGAAUGGAAUUAUCCCCUUUGUGAGGUGAAAUCUCAUUAAAUUUAGGUGGAAUAAAUAAUUGUCAACAACGUCAUAAAUGACAUGAAUGAACCAUUUUGUCCAAUCAUUUUUCACCCAUUGCUGCUAACCCUACCACACAUUGGCGAUAUGGAGGGAGGCAAUAAACAUGCAGCAGUGGUGGAGGAGAAGGAAGGAAGACAAUAAAAAAGGACAAAAAAAUGAAUGAAAAAAGUCAACGUUAAUUUAUUCCACCCUAUAAUAAUGAUUCCACCUCGAAAAGGGAAUAAUUUCAUCUCUACUUUACUACCACGCAGCUUUAAACUUGAAAAAGGACGAGCAAAUGGAGGUUCUCUAACCAGUAAUUAAGUGAUUGAUGUUUGAGAUUGUGGAGCAGUUGCUCCUUUAGAAACCAAUAAGUUGGCUGGCUUUGGACACAAGCUGUAUAAUAUGCUUAUUCAUGUAACCAAUGUCUUUAUAAUCAACACACUAAGACUUCUUUCCUUGUGGACUAAUUUUUAGUAAGUUCCGUUUACGUAAUAGGUACGACCAGGCUCCAUCAGAGCCAUUGGUUUUCAUAUCUGCUGACCUAUAGGUUGUGACAUUUUGUUCGUUUGAAAUAAAAUACGUUAAGCCACAAUAACUGAUAUGAGUGUAAAAGAAACGGCUAAAGUGUUCUUCGAGAUGUUUUAAAAAAGAUAUACGAUUAAAUAAAUUCAUUAUCCUAAAAGUUGUAGUACGCCGAUGCAAUGCGCUCUCUGUGUUGCUCGAACGAAUCCCGUCCGCCUUGUAGAGGCCUUUAGAGACUACCAUACGUUGGUUAACAUUAGCCGUUUAAUUUAGAAACCAGUUGCCUACCAUUGUUCAAAAUAAAAACGUUAGGAAAUAUUCAUUGCAUCUUUUCUAGUUGCGACUUCAAUAAAGUAUAAUCUUGUAUGUUUCUCCAUCCAGAACUUCCUUUAGAGAUAAGAUCACGAGGACGCUUGGCUGUGGAAGCUUACAACAAAGCCCUCACUGAAGGGAAGGCAUAUGUCAAGAGGGUUCCAAUAAUGUUGAUUGGACAAGAUCACUCAGGAAAAACCAGCCUAAAAAAGUCACUGACAGGAAAACCUUUUAAUCCCGAUGAAGACAGCACCAUAGGGGUAGAUGUUGACCCCUCACAUAUUAAAGUCUCAACUGAGAUUUGGAAGGUAGGAGAUAACACAGGUGCUAUAAAAGCCAUUUCCUUUGAGCAACACGCGGCUCGUUUGGUUGCUGACGAUUUAAAGGAAGAGCAGAGCGGUUUUGCAGUGGAAAAAAUAAAAAUGGAACAAUCGGGAUCUUCAGCAGUUUCUGUCUCUAAUGACUCACAUCAGUUGCCUCCUGAGGAGCUAGGCGAUCCAGAAGUCAUUCCUAAAAUCUCCUCUGAUCCCACUCUGAAAAAGGAAGAACAUGUCGCUAUCGAGUCGCCCAGGAUACCAGGUGAGGUCGCAGCAUUGAUUAAAAAGUUAUUAAAAGAGGAUGAAAACGCGCAAGAUGAUGAAGAAAUUUAUACCAUUUUAUGGGAUUUUGGUGGACAAAGUGUCUACUAUACCACGCAUCCACUUUUUAUCACUGCAAGAGCAAUAUAUCUUUUGGUUUUUGACCUUAGCCGGGAUCCAUACGAAAUAGCUAAGCCAGUUGUGAAGCAGGGGCUGUACAAGAAAAUUUUAGACAGUUAUGGCACGAAAAUCAAUCUGGACUAUCUCAAUUUUUGGAUGACAUCGGUAGCUUCCCUAGACGCGGAAACGGAAGAGCAGUUUGUAAGGUUGGACCAUAUUCAAGUGAAGGUUCCUCCCGUGUUCCUAGUCUGCACUCACGCUGAUGAACCUCACAGAGGAGCAGAUCCGUUCGCUCUCGCCCGUGAGGUAUUUGGCAGUCUACAGACCAAACGCUUCAGGAACCACAUAUAUGAGGAUGUGUUUGUGGUGGACAACACCAAGUCUGCAGGACUUGGAUCUGAAUGCUCAGAAGUUACACGAUUGCGAGAAGAAUUACUUGCCGUUGCUAAGGAGCUACCUCAGAUGAAAAAAGCAAUCCCAAUCAAGUGGUUGAAAUAUGAGAGGGCUCUUCAAGGUACUGUACGAGAUGGUCAUAAAUGGAUUUCUCUCCCAGUGGCAAAAGAAAUUGCAUUUGAAGUGUGCAAAAUUGAUGAUGAUCAAGAAUUUCUCACAUUGUUGAACUUUCUACAUGACCAGAGGAUUUUGGUUCACUUUGACGACACCCCAGCGUUGAGUAAUUUUGUCGUCUUGGACCCUCAGUGGUUAGUUGAUGUCUUCAAAACGGUGAUAACAGUUAAGCCGUAUGACCAAGAAGAAAGUAAAUUUAAAGAACUGUGGUUGCAGCUGGAGUCAACAGGCAUUCUUGGCGAAAAACUUUUGGAGCACGUGUGGGGUCCUUUAUUAAGCCAGAAAGAAACCUCCGCUAGUCUUCUUGCUAUCAUGGAAAGGUUCAGCCUGCUCUGUCCAUGGCCUUGUUCGAAUGCUUCAAGUGGCAAACAGUACCUCGUGCCAUCCAUGUUGAUGUCACAUCCACCAAAGGAGAUCAUGAAGCUGGUUGCUUCUGCACAAAUUCCUUCUCUCUUCCUCAGGUUUCAAUCGGGUCAGGUUCCUCCAGGAUUCUUUCCCCGACUCGUGUUGCAAUUUUUUCAGUGGGGCCAAGACGAGUUUUGGAGUGCAGAGAAUCCCCAGUUGUAUGCUGAUUUUGCGCGAUUUUAUACGUCUGCGGAUGACGACUGCUCUGUAAUCCUUCUGUGUCAUUCAUCGUGUAUUGAAGUUGUGGUUCACAGAGGAAAUCUCAGUGCUAACCCAGCAGAAUGUUUGCAAUCCAAGUUGAACCUUUCUGCAGAUAUCAACUAUGGUGCAUUUGAAGUGGCCUGUGCUCGUGCCGUGCGCCGACAACUGGGAUUGAUGCUUGAGUGCAUGCGAAAAGAAUUUUGUUGGUUGAAGAAUAUGAUGUACGAACUUGGUGUAAUCUGCCCCGUCUGUUGCCAAGAAUGUAAGGUUAAUUACUGCUGCACCCACCACAAGCAGUGUUGCGAGCAAGAGGAAUGUCUACACUUCUGGUCUGAGUCUGAUUUACGUAGUGCCAAUCAGUUCAUCAGAUGUCGUAAGUGUGCAGCCGCCCAAAGUGACAAAGUGUACGUCAAACAAUUUGCGCCCUGGUUUGAUCCCUUAGAUGAACAGGUGAAUACACUUUCACUACCAUGUCGUUAUUUACCGCUUCUCAUGAACCUGUUAGAUCUUUUACAGAACUACUGAAAGCAGACCCGACUCACCAGUCGAUUUUUAAAGUGUCUAAACAUCACAAAGAAUGUUGCUGAAGACAUUCUUGAUACUUCAGUUUGCUAAAGCGACCCUUAAAUUAUCCGUUAGCGGUUUCGUUUAAUGGCUUUAAAUACUCUUUUUCCAAAAGUAACUUUGGUACAAAGAAUUGCUGACACAGUAGAUUGAAAUAGCCUUUGAGUAUCCCUUCCGUCAUUGUUUAUUACAGAUUCCAACUGACGAAAGUGAAGAAAGACGUCCAGCUUCUGGGGGAGGUAGGACUGUAACUUUAGAGUGACUAGAUAAUGUAAAAAUUGUGCUAGGGUAGUACUAGCCUAAGAAAACAGCCGACGUUUUUGCGUGUUCCCUGCGAAAUGACGUCUGAGGAAAGAAGGAAGAUAUUCCUUACUGAUGACGUGUCUCUACCCAGAUCUGGGUAGUAAUGUUCAUUGGCUGACGCAAAUUUUCAUCCAAUCACAAGCACGUGCACCACCCAGAUCUUGGUUAUGACACCUCAUCAGUGUGGAAUAUCUUCGCUCGUUCUCGACUUGGAGACCAUUUCGUCACUUCCAGUCCUCCCCUGAAAGUUGUGGGGGAACAUAAUUCGUCUAUAUUACAAAAGCUUUCUAAAUGAUUAGACGUCAACUAGACAAGGACUCUGGUGGCUCAAAAAAGAAAAAAACAACGCUGAAACCUGUGAGCAGAAUAUGAGGUUGGUAUUAUUGCUUAGUAUGGUACUAGUGUUGUUAAAGUUAGUUUCUUUCGCAGGAAAUGAUGAAAAAGUGAUUGCUCUUCCAAGCAAGGCCAUAGAAACAAUUAUGUCGCAGCCGUGUGACUCUAGAGAGGUUGUACUUCAAUUGAGAGACUCUUUGCAACUAAAUCAGGAUUCACUUGAACAGCCAGACCCUGGGACCAAACGAUUGAUCCGUUGCCUGGCAAAUAAAGCAAAACAGUCUAACAGGCUUGAUGUAGUGAAACAUCUGAGAGAUAUUGCACCAGCUGGAACUACAGGUGAGUUUGUUCCCGUCAAAUAUCGAUAAAUAAGGCAGUAUACAUGUAAUAUUUUCUUGCAGUGCACUUGUUACAUAAUCUUCCUCUUUGUCUCAUACCUUUUCACCAUACAGUAAGCCACCCCAUCUAGCCCACGGUUGCCCAUUAUGACUAUUUAAUAUAUAUAUAUAUUCACCAUUUUAGGUCCUUUGUUGCCUGAGCACCUUGAUAUUGGCAAUAUUCCCGUUCGCCAGAUGACUAAUCUCACUCUUGAGUUAAGCGGUAAGCUUAAUUAUGCUUCGCAGCUGCUGAGUCGUUCAAAUCUCAGAAUUAUUGAUGCGGAUGGUUAAGGCAGCCUGAUUGAUAUCUCAAUUAGGGGACUUGAUUGUUAUGGACAGUUAAGAUUUAAGACAGAGAGAUAACUUUCACCAUAACUUUUUCAUUACUUAAAUGAAUGUAGAUUUACAAAUUUCAGACUUUAUAAGAACUCAAUUAAUUAAUAAUUUUGCUCAUUGUAAAUACAGCUGCCAAUGUUCUCAUUGGUGAAAAGCACAUAAAAGGCUUUUUCACGCUGAGUCUUAUGUCGAAUUUCAGACGUUUCAUAAAAAUUGCACCAUUGACAGACUUCAUAUACCACGUGCACCCUGCGCAUAAAGCCCGGGGCAGUGGCACUCUCUUUAAUGGCCUAUACGGAGUAUACGGGGAGGCUCUGCCCGAAAGAGGAACCUUUUCAGGCUUCAGGUUUAUGAAAGGGUAGGGAAUUCACUUGUUGCUGUUGCUGUCAUUUUGGUUGGUAAAGAGGCCCAAAAGAUGCAUUUUAUGACUGUGAAAAAGGGUGAGGGGUUGGAUCUCGGGGCAGAGUCUCCCCGUAUAAGAUUUUGUUGAAUACCCCUCGGGGUAUAAAGGAAGAAGCAUUAGAUUUCAAAGGGAGAGUUUUUUUGAGGACAAGUCGCUGAAAAUUACCUUGAAAGGAUUAAUUAGAGUCAAGUACUGAUUAUAUGAUUUGGCUGUUGUGAAUCCCGUUUCAUAUGAAAGCCUGAUGUCUCGAUUUCCUUUGUAGGAGGAGAGGAAUGGAAGUUGGUGGCAGAAGAACUGGGAUUGUCUCUAAGAGAGAUUCGUUACAUUGACAAGCGAGUUAUGAAUCCAUGCGAAGCCGUUCUGGCGUAU